UCUGAGAAACUCAAACAUCACACCAAUACGAUGCCGAGGCGGUAUUGGAUAUGCGUGUUGCUAUUGCGCACAAGAAUAUACUGACCCAGCACAUCUUAAAGCACAUACAUUGAACGAACAUGAAGAAAAUGAAAGGCUACGUCUAUUGGACGGAAAAGACUUGUAUAAAUUUCACGCUAAACUUGAUAUAACUGAACUGAAAUGUACGAUUUGUGAAACAAAAAUCAACAGUCUGGAACAAUUUAUCGACCAUUUGAUUAAUAAUCAUCACAUCAGCCUGCAUACAGAUAUAAAGAAUCAGUUGUUCCCAUUUAAAUUCGAUAAAGAAGCACUGAGGUGCUGCAUAUGUGACGGUGUUUUUCACAAGUUCAAAUCCCUCCUUGAACACAUGAACGUACACUACCGGAACUAUAUUUGUAAAGACUGUGAUGCAGGUUUCGUCAAUCGCAGUAAUUUAACUCAACACGCAAAAAGCCAUCAGCUUGGCACGUUCAAUUGUGAUUUUUGCUCGAAAGUAUUCGAUACAUUUAGAAAGAAACGGUCCCACGAAAAAUGCGUCCACACCCAUUCACAUACACUCAACAAAUGCGGUUAUUGUAAUGAGAAAUUUCGGGAUUACAGCAGAAAAGAGAAGCAUUUAAUCGAUGUUCACGGUGUUAUUAACAAGGAUACAAAGUGUCAGGCGUGCGACAAAACAUUUAAAAAUCAAAAGGAAUACAAUUCACACAUAAAAAGGUUGCAUCUAAUGGACAAGCGGCACAAAUGUUCCGAGUGUGAUAUGGCCUUUUUUACUUCUGGCGAGUUGAAGAAUCACGCCGUGAAACAUACGGGGGAACGUAGUUUUGUGUGUGAUGUGUGUCAUAAAGCGUAUGGACGGCAGAAGACACUCAAAGAACAUAUGCGUAUACAUAAAGAUGAUAGGCGGUUUAAGUGUGAGCAUUGUGGCAAAGCAUUUGUCCAGAAAUGUGGAUGGCGUGGACACAUGUGGGCGAAACACGGAGAGCAUAACUGAGUGUUAUUUCCAUAACUUUUUAGAAGUGAAACUUUUAUGAGGGUAAUUUUUUACGGAUGAGACGUCACGAUAAUGUGCAGCGUUUUUUUCGAUGAACAGGGAGAGAGCGAUUGAGAGAGUGAGA